CUGCUUUGAACCCCAUCUCUCAGUCCUGGGCGUGGCAGGCUGGCAUUUUCAACAGCGCCAUCCGGCCAAGGGUUUAAUUACACCCACGCUGGGAACACCACCUUAGUCAACAGAGCAGGAGAAUUGUGCAGAAAUGCGAUGGUUGUUUUGAUGUUCCCGGAAGUGUGCAUGUCACACUUUUUGCUUUCUGAGGAGCCGAAAACUAGCCAGGGCAGGGCAAGGGAGCUGCCCCGGCUGCCCCAGGCCUGGGGUUUCCAAGAGACGGGAUGAGGAUAAUGCCACCGGGAGGGUGUUGCUGGGCCAAGGGGGAGGUGAACGAUGGGCUCCCGGCUUCUCUCCCCAGAAUCAUCCACGCCAGCUUUUCGCAAGGCUUCCUCCACUGCCCCGAGCGCAGCCUGGCUCCCCCCUGGGAUCUCUCUGUAAAUCUGGGGCUGCUAGAAGGAAAUUCAACUCUGCCUGAGAGGGACGAGAAGGGCCUAUGUCCGUGAUGGUGAACCUAUGGCAUACGUGCCCAUAGUGGCACGCAAAGCCACGCAGCCUCGCUUAUUUGUCUUCCGGGUUUCUGGCACACACGCAUGUACGACGAUCAGCUAUCUUUGCAUGCGCGGCAGUGCUGGAAACCGGUGUGCGCGUGGAAGCCCACAUGCGUGCUACAACCUGGAAGGUCAGCUUUUCUGGAGCCUGUCCCCAAUGAGUGUGUGUGUGACAUUUCCACGCGACUUUUUUGACACUCGGUGCUGAAAAGGUUCACCAUAUGUACCUAUGUAAUCAACAUGGUAGUGGCAAAAAUCUCUCCUUUUUUUUCCAUUUUCCCUCUGCAAAACUCAGCCUUCCUGGCGCUUCGGUCUCUACCAAGCCAAGAGGGCUGGAGGAACUCUUCCUCCCUCGUGCCAUUGCCCAGAUGCCCCUCCUGCUCAGCGGGCAGGCUGUGGUGUCCCGUGAUGGGGGGGGGGGCUUUCAUGGAGCUGCCCAAACACACUCUGGCUGCCCAGGGACCCCCCAACUCGGGCUCUGCCUUUCUGCCGCUGCCACCCCAGGAACCAGGGAGUGCCCGGUAUUGGGUGGCUUCGGAAACAGGGCGUUGGGAGGUGAGGAAGAAAGAAUGCGGCUGGUGAAGCUCUCAGGAGGGUGUGUCGAAUUUAUAACGCAGAUCCGAGCGGCUUCUGGGCAGCUUUCCCUGCUGGGACCCAGAGAGGAUGGCGGAGGGUUGCAAGCUCCAGCUGUUUGUCAAGGUAAGAGCCGCCCUGCCUUCCCUCUGCUGCUUGGGCUGGGAUGCUCCAGAUGGGACCUCGGCUGGCCAAAGUCACCGAUUGGAGACCUGGAGGAAGAGCCUCCAGGCGGUCCCAUCUGCUAAGCGAGUUGCCGGAGAGCCCAUAAGCUGAAGGGCAGAGUGGAUGGGCCUCUCCUGACCCCCUGCAGCCUCUGGCUUUGGAGUGGGCUGUGUCUGGAGGGGCCCCUCCCGUACUCCUAGCCUCUGGUUCCUUUCCAGCUGGGAGGCUGGGUCCUCUGGGUCCAGCUGGCCUCCGGGCAUCCCCAGCCAGGGUUUCCCCCCAACAUCUGGCCGGAGGGGACCUGUGGGCCCUGCAGUGGGGCCCUCUGUGUGUGUGUGUGUGUGUGUGUGUGUGUGUGUGUGUGUGCGCGCGCGCGCGCAUCCUGCAGGGAGGGGCUGGGAAGUCCUGAGUGUGCCUUCUCUUUCCACGAAUGGGCUGCAACAGUCCUGUUUCCCCCACUUGGAGCCGAAGGGAUCUUUUUGCGUGCAGCUGUGUUCCAAGAGAGGAGGACUUUGCCCGAAUCCAUUUCGCAAAAUGAAACUGCCAAAUCCUUGCCCCGAGGCACCUGUCCUGGCAGAGGGAGCCUCUCUUGGCCAACCUGAAACGCUGCCUUGGUUUUGGAUUAGGCUGGGGAACAACCUGAUCCCGGCCGAGAGCUGGGAUGGGGGCAGGGCUCCCUGGUCUUCUGCCCGCUCGGCACAAGGGGGCUGGUUAGGCAGGGCUGAGAGCACCCAUGUCCCCCCUGAAAGGCACGUCAGGCUUUGGUGCCGGUGAGGCUGAAUGAAACGGUGUCCGAAUUGUCUUCCUAUCAACGCCUGCGCUGAUCCAAAAAUACCUCUUGUCUACGAGGAAGGAAUUGACAAGCGUUGAAACCGGACUGAAAUCCCGGGGAGUUUUGACAGCGGAGCGAAAGGCUUAAAGGCGUGUUUCUGCCGCUGACCCACUUCACUGGCGCAGUCCUGCGAGGGAGGAUGGGAUUUGUAGUGCCCUGCAUUCGGUGGAUGCUGUGUAAGGAAAGGCCAGCACGGAUGGAGAGACCAUAGGGCACUGCCCUUUCUGCCAGCGCCUUUUCAUGGUCCUGCUGCUCAAGGGGGCGCCCUUCACGCUGACCACAGUGGACACGAAGAGGUCCCUGGAUGUCCUGAAAGAUUUCGCCCCAGGAGCCCAGCUGCCCGUCCUGCUCUACGACGGGGAGCCCAAAACAGACACCAUCAGGAUCGAAGAGUUUCUGGAGGAGACCCUGAACCCCCCUGAGUUCCCCAGCCUGGCGGCCAAGUACAAGGAGUCCACCUUAGCCGGGAAUGACAUCUUCCACAGGUUCUCCGCCUACAUCAAGAACCCGAUACCAGCUCAGGAUGAAACUCUGCUCCACGCCCUCCUCAAAGCCUUCCGUAAGUUGGACCAAUUCUUGAACAUCCCUUUGGACUACGAGCGGGUCCGAGACCCAGAACUGGUCAUCUCCCGCCGGCGGUUCCUGGAUGGAGACCAGAUGACCCUGGCCGACUGCAACCUGCUUCCCAAACUCAACAUCGUUAAUGUUGUGUGCAAGCACUACCGCCAGGCGGGCAUCCCCAGAGAGCUGCGGGGCAUCUGGCGCUACCUGGAGUCCGCUGCUGAGACCAAGGAAUUCCAGUACACCUGCCCGGACCCCCAGGAGAUCAUCCAGGCCUACCACGGCGUGGUCAGGCAGACCUAAUAGCCUCCUUGCCCCCCCCUGGCUAAAGUUGGGGUCUGGGUAGCUCUGGCUGGCAGCCCCCUGGCUCCUCUUCCUUCUCUCUCUGAGCCACCCAUAGUGGAAGAAAGCAGGGCAGGUCCAGAUGAGCCCCCCACCCCCCACCCGUGGGCAUGGUCUUUAGGUGGGUCUGGCAUCGCCAUCUUCCCCUCCCGCCAAGGCAGCGGGUUCUACGCAAUGGGGUCAGGCCCUGCCCCUGCCCCUGGGCAGUACUGGCAGUGCCAAUGUGCUCUGGCGGUCCCUGGCUAGUCCCUUUCUUCCCUGGGGGGCUCCCCUCGCUUCCUCAGCCUGGAAGAAUUGAGGGAGGGCAGUCAGCUCCCUUCACCCCUGCGAAGGUGGCCUGAAGGCCUAGAAGCGGGGCUGGGGGCUUCUUAGCUCAUCAGAAAUUGUGGGAGACCCUCGCUGGAGCAGCCCUGCACACAAUCUGCCUCUCAGGUGUGUGUUUGUGUGUGUGUGUGUUUGUGUGUGUGUGAGAGAGAGCAUGUCUGCAUUUCCCCAUUCUCUCUUCCCCCAUGGCUCUUUUUAAGUGCAGUACCCCCUCCCCCCAAAUGUCCAAUGCUUUACAUGUCUUUCCCCAAAAUUAAAUAUACGCUAAUAUAUCAACAGAGAAUUUAGAAUCCGUCAAU